AUGCUCACACGAGCAGUCGGCCGGAAACUGACUCUGCCAUGGCUCUGCCCAGCGCUGUCGCGAACAACGUCCAGUACGGCCUCAUUGAGGCACCAGCAGCAGCACCGACAGCAACAACAGCGGCGGCGGCCUUCGCUGUCGGCCCGCCAUGAGACUCGCUCCCUCGCCACGACAGCCCAAGUGCAGCCGCCGCCGCCCUCGUCGCUCCCCUUCAAUCCCUUCGCCCACACAUUUGGUCGCCACCACUCCAACCCCGACCUCUCGCGCCUCCCACAAUGGGACGCCACCAAUCCGCUUGUCGUGCACGAGUCGCUGGCUGCUACGCCGCAGCUUCGAUCCGUUCCUGGUGUCGGCACCGACCCGGUCGAACUGCACCAAAACCUCUAUGCCUGCCUGCGCGUUGGGCGCGUUGACCGUGCCGCUGUCAUCAUCAAACGACUGAUGACUCUGUACAACCCGGACGCACCCGAAGUCAUCGAUGCCCACAAUGUCUACCUCUCCACUCUGCUCGAUCUGGGUCACAUGGACGACAAGGCAUCGGCAAUGGAAAAGAUACAGACAUGGUACGACACCAAGAUGCUGCGGAAAGGCAUUCAGCCCAACGCCCAGACCUUUGUCACUCUCAUUCGAGCUGCCAUGAACUUUCUCGAGCAUGGUGCCGAGGAAAAUGCCGUCCGACACUACAUCGCAACAGCCCGUGAGCACGGCGAGCACCUUGUCGACAACAUCAAUGCUUCACCCGACUUUACUGACGAAGAAUGGGAUCUGUUGAUUCGCCUGCAGCCCGAGUCGUUCUACGAGCCUCCAUCAGUCGACCAAGUCCAACAUCUCCACACCAGCACACCCGAGGGCCGCAAAAACCUCAUCGAACACGGCCUAGUGCCGCACCCCGCACAGAGUAUCAAACCUGUCGAGCAGAAAGGUAUGGGCCUCGACUCACUGAAGCAAGCCCUCUCCAUCUUUGACGACAUCGAGAGUGUCCCCUACCCGCACGACAUGGACGGGACGCAAGAAGAAAAGGACCAAGCCUAUGCAUACGCACGACAAUUGCAGGUGGAAAAGGACGGCAUAGAAGCUGCCGUGAAAAGAUGGAAGGCUGAGGACGAGCAGAUGCAAAAAAUUGGCAUUCAUGGCGUCGUAAACACGAAGCCCAUCCAAGCGAUGAUGUACGGCUGGUACACAGCCCUGGUACCAUUGUUCAAGAAGCGUAUUGAACAUGCGAAGGAAAUCAUGUCCGAGCCUAUCAAGGCCAAUUCCCGAGACGACGCCCACGCAUACGGUGUUUGGCUUGAGCGAUGCAAACCUGAGAGAUUAGCGGCUAUCACUGUUGCUCGCACAACGCUGGCGGCAGUCAGAGGCAAGGGCGAAGAUAAUUCUGCUUUUAAGAUAUCAACCCUUUCGAUUUCCGUGGGCAGCGACAUUGAGGAUUAUCUCAAUAGUGAAAAUCAAACCCGACGAGAUGCUUUUCUCAAGAAGCAAAGGAAGCAAACCCGUCUGGACUUGGUCAACCAGCUGUCCAAGUCGAGUUCAGCACCAUCUUCUGAAGCCACGACACAAAGCGCGUCAACAAGCUCUUUUGUGUUUGAGAAGGUCAACAUACCACUCUCUUCCAGGACUAAGCUCGGUGCCAUGUGCAUAGAACAGUUGCUCCAGACCGCAACCCUUGUCGUGACCGCCACUGACCCAAGAACUGGCAAAACCGUGUCUCGCAACAUGGCUGCCUUUCAUCACCAGCUCGGCUUCCACCAAGGCAAGAAACUCGGUUUCAUCGUGCCUCAUCACGAAAUCAUGGCCAAACUGCGCACAGAACCUGUUCAUAGCAUUCAGACUGUCAGGCUGCCCAUGAUCAUCGAACCCAAACCGUGGACGAGCUUUGAAUCGGGUGGAUAUUAUACUGUACCACAAAAGGUCGUCCGGCAGAAGGGUGGUGACAGCGCUCAGCGAGCAUAUGCUCAGCUAGCCAUAGAAAAUGGUGACAUGUCCAAGGUCAUGGCCGCACUCGACGUCCUUGGGCGGGUUCCUUGGCAAAUCAAUGCCCCUGUCUUCGAUGUCAUGGCUCGUGCCUGGAACGCUGGUGAGAGCAUUGGAUCUCUGGUUGGUGAUGAUGCCCUCAAGAACCAUAAACGUCCACCCGAGCCUCCUGCAGACGCACCCUACCAGGAACGCGUAAAAUGGAGCAAGGCACUCCAAGAGUAUGAGAACAUCAUUGGUGGUCUUCACUCUCAACGGUGUUUCCAGAACUUCCAACUCGAGACUGCCCGAGCCUACGUCAACGAGAAAAAGAUAUACUUUCCACACAGUGUCGAUUUCAGAGGCCGAGCGUACCCAAUACCACCUAUUCUCAAUCACAUUGGUUCUGACCUGGCAAGAGGCCUUCUCAAGUUUGCGCAUGGCAAAGAGCUCGGAACAGUCGGUUUGCAGUGGCUCAAGAUCCACCUUGCCAAUCUGUACGGCUUUGACAAGGCUAGCCUACGAGAGCGUGAACAGUUCGCCAUGGACAACAUCGAUGAGAUCUACGACUCUGCAACCAAUCCAUUAGAGGGUCGGCGAUGGUGGACCAAAGCUGAAGACCCAUGGCAGUGCUUGGCAUGUUGUAUGGAGUUGAAGAACGCUUUGGACAUGCCUGAUCCGGCUCGCUUCGUUUCGCAGUUUCCUGUUCAUCAAGACGGAACCUGUAAUGGACUUCAGCAUUACGCAGCCUUGGGAGGAGACCAUGCGGGUGCUCGCCAAGUCAAUUUGGAGCCUUCUGACAGACCACAAGACAUUUAUACAGGCGUUGCGGAGCUUGUUAAAGAGAUGGUUGUCAAGGAUGCCACCAAAGGAGAUCCUGUUGCCAAUUUUAUCAAUGGCUACAUUUCCAGAAAGGUGGUUAAGCGAACCGUCAUGACCAAUGUCUACGGUGUCACAUUCAUGGGUGCGAAGCAGCAAGUGCAAGAUGAGCUGCGAAAUCUCUUUCCUAACUUCCAGCCAACCGAAAAGAUCAGAUCUCUUGGUCUCGUCGCUUUGUAUGUUGCCCAGAAGAUUUUCGAUGCUCUGGGCAAAAUCUUCAAUGGAGCACAGGAAAUCCAAUACUGGCUGGGCGAGUGCGGUGAUCGUAUCACAACCUCGAUAUCUGCUGAACAGAUUAAGCGAAUUCAGGCUCGGUUUGAGGGAAUGGACCCCGCCAAAACGUUAUACGACUCCAAGUUUGUCUCACCCAAGGCGAUGACUGCACUCCAAAUCAACAAGCUGAACAAAAAUAUGGAAAAGUUUAAGACGAGUAUCAUCUGGACAACCCCUUUGAAGAUGCCCAUCGUACAGCCAUACAGGAAAGACAGCGUUCAAAAGAUCAGAACCAAAAUCCAAGACAUCACCGUGUCAAGGAAAUCGAUCCAGGAUGAGGUCGAUAAACGCAAGCAGCUCCAGGCGUUUCCUCCAAACUUUAUUCAUUCCCUGGAUGCUACACACAUGACUCUAUCGGCUUUAAAGGCCGGUGAAAUGGGUCUCGAUUUUGCCGCUGUUCAUGACAGCUUCUGGACCCAUGCCGCUGACAUUCCGAAUCUAAAUGUCAUUCUUCGUGACGCGUUCGUACGCAUGCACACUGAGGACAUUAUCAAACGUCUUGCCGCAGAAUUCUCCGCACGCUACGCAGGGGCUAUGUAUCGUGCCAACAUUCUCAACACGUCGGAAGUGGCGCGAAAGAUCAGCAGAUGGAGAUCGUCAAGGAGGAAGGAUGAAGGCAAGACGCUUAAGACUGUCGGUUUAAUUCGCGGGGAGGCGUCAUUCGAAGAAGUUGCACUUGAAGCUCGGCGACAGCAGUUGCUCAAGAGCCAGGAUCCCAUGGAAAGGAAAAAGGGUGAGGAGAUGGAGACGCCGACUAGUAUCUGGCUUGCCAACCAGGACCCCAAGGUACUUCACUCGUUCCGACUCCAAUUACUUGGUGAAACAAAAGAGAAAGGAUCAGCGGAUAGACAAACAGAGAUUAGGGACGAGGCCCCGACUGAAGAAGCGGAGAUGAUCUCCACUACCGAGUCAACCAUGGAUCUCGUUGAGGAGGGUGCAGAAGAUUUGGCGAAAGAUCCCCAGAGCGGCGGUCUGUCAGCAAAGAAGAAAUCACCUUCUCGCAUGGCUGCAGAGAGAGUGACGGUCCAGGUCUGGAUUCCUCUGACUUUCCCUCCGGUCCCAAAGAAAGGCGAUUGGGAUGUUUCACGUCUCCGGGAAUCAAAGUACUUCUUCUCAUGACUCAGCCCCGCACUUCGAGGUGAUGAAGAGCGCGAGUUCUAUGCUCCAGCCGAUUAUGCGCCAAUCACUGCAACAACGAAAAUUCGCCAAAUGAGCAGAAUCUUCAGAUUGCAGGACGAGUGUGGAUGGCAUUUCACAAUCAGUCCCUUGGCCCGGUGGAGAGAGGCGCAUCCAGGGAGCUCGACAGUGGAUGGGAGACAAAGGAAAGAGGGAGAAAAGAGAGGAAGAAGAAAGAGAGGGUUAUGAAUGCACGCUGUCCCUGUUAGCUAUCGCAAUAGUGAGAUUGUUGAGCAAAGUCUAUCUAUCUGUAUUAU